UGUAAAAUGAGUGCAUGUAGCUUCUUUCAAUCUGACCGGGGGCUGUCAUGGCGUUGUCGUGUCUGCCGAGCACUUAGGAAGCAGCUUCAUGAACUCAAUGUGAUGUUCUGAGGGAGGCUUGGAUCAGAACUGGGGAAACAUGACGGACGCCCGCGGUGCUCGCAGUCUGGACCAGUUGAAUACAUUCGAGCGGCUGUCAGGCAGGCCGCAGCACGGCGACACGCUAGCAGGUCGUCGUACACCCCCGGCCCGCAGUGGCCAUCGCUGCGUUGCCGACAGCACCAACCUUUACGUGUUUGGAGGCUACAACCCUGACUAUGCCGAUCCGCUGUUCAGGGAGCUUUGGAGGUACCACUUUGCCACGGGUCGCUGGCAGCAGAUUCAAACACAGGGCUUCAUGCCCACGGAGCUUGCUUCCAUGUCAGCGGUUUUGCACGGCAACAAUCUCCUGGUGUUCGGCGGCACAGGGAUCCCAUUUGGUGAGAACAGCGGCAACGACGUCCAUGUGUGCAACGUGAAGUACAAGCGAUGGUCGCUGCUCAACUGUCGAGGGAAGAAGCCCAACAGAAUCUAUGGCCAGGCCAUGGUCAUCAUAAAUGGUUUCCUUUACGUCUUCGGUGGGACGACAGGGUACAUAUACAGCACUGAUCUGCACAGGCUGGACCUGACAAGCAGGGAGUGGAUCCACCUCAAGCCCAACAACCGCCCUGAUGACUUCCCAGAGGAACGGUAUAGACAUGAGAUAGCACAUGAUGGACAGAGGAUUUACAUCUUGGGAGGCGGGACUUCCUUGACGUCUUACCCACUGGACAAGAUUCAUGCAUACAAUCUGGAGACCAAUUCCUGGGAGGAGAUUGCAACAAAACCUCACGACAAAAUAGGGUUUCCUGCUCCUAGGAGAUGUCAUAGUUGUGUGCAAAUAAGAAACGAUGUAUUUAUAUGCGGAGGCUACAACGACGAAGUGAUACUGGCUGACCUGUGGAAACUCAACCUGCACACGUUCCAAUGGAGCAGGCUGCCUGCUGUGAUGCCUGAGCCCGCCUACUUUCACUGCGCCGCCGUUACGCCGACGGGCUGUAUGUACAUCCAUGGCGGCGUGGUCAACAUCCAUGAGAACAAGAGGACCGGCUCUCUCUUCAAGAUCUGGCUGGCAGUGCCCAGCCUGCUGGAACUCUGCUGGGAAAAACUCCACCGCUCUUUCCCACAUCUGGCCACCUUGCCCGCCCUGCAGCUGCUUAACCUGGGCCUCACGCAGGAACUCAUCGAGCGCUUGAAGUAAUACUUUUGAAAAAAAAAAAAAAGGAUCCUCCGUGGACGGACGCCCUUAAAGCCAAAAACUAUGGGAUGCCUUCUUCUUUGCUGGGUUUUCCCCACCACACCAAUGCCUUUUUUAUUUGCUUCUGAUUCGGAUCACUUUGCCAAAUCAAAAAAAGAUUUCCCAGAUAAAAGAAAAAUAGGACAUGAACUAUUUUAGAGACUGGAGCAUGUGUAUUUAUUACAGAAAGGACUCAUCCAGUUUGUCCACUCGCUUAUGUCAGGAUUUAGCUUUUUAAAUUGGACUAGUGCAGCUUUUUUUUUUUACUUUAACUGACUCACUCACAUCAAAACAGCAGAAUGUUGCUCCCUCAUUGGUGAUUAUUUUUAAGUAUAAAGAGGCAAAAAAAGGCAAACACCUUACUGUGAAUUUGGUGCUCUUUACAACUCCUUUUUAAUGUUGAGGAAGUUGCACCUGUAGCACACAGAAACUGCAGUGCCUUAAAAUAAGUGAUUGUCAAUGGGGUUGCGGCAAAGUAACAAUAGGACACUUCUAUUCGCUUAUAAAUAGGUUUUAAAAAUGCUGUACUUCAAAUAACGAUGACAAGCUCAUGAUGUUGGUGUUCCACCUUGUCUGCAUGUGUUUACUUUUCCUGCUUUUAUUUUCAUUUCUGCAAAAAAUUUAAGAUUUUCUUCAGUAAGUGCUGAGAAAUUAUGUACUGUAUAUGUGUGACUAUUGUGUU